UUUUUUCAGUUGCGGAGCUAAAUGGAAGCAUGCUUUCUGAAUUCACAAUCCAGGAUGUCUUAUAGUGAGAAAAAAGACGCACCUUUUGCUUACGAGUCUUCUGUGUACUGUAAAAAUCUUCUGCUUCGUCUGAACACCCAAAGAGAGCAGGGCCUUCUAUGUGAUGUGACUAUUGUAGUGGAAGAUCAGAGGUUUCAAGCUCACCGGGCCGUUCUUGCUGCUUGCAGUGAUUAUUUUCUGUCACACGUUGUGCAGCCGUGCAAUGGUGACUUUAUCAUCACCUUGCCUGAAGAGGUAAGACUGGUUGUCAGUUCAUUAUGUUUUAAUCUGGAACGUGCAUAGCCUACCUUGAGUGAUCUUACAUGCCAUCAUUACUCUGCCACUAUUCUCUUCUGGACAUGCCUCGUCUGUCUGUUUAUGUUUGAAGUGAUUUUGUGUUCUAUAGUUUCUGUGCAGUCACUCUUACUUAUAAGAAACAUUUUGAGAAAGUGAUGCAAAAAUAUAUAAAAAUCAUGCGUUGUGCAAAUUAUUAACAAACUGUGACAAAGUGCUUCCUUUAUUACUAAUUAAAUUAAACUUAUUCUGCAGCGGUCUGUUAACAGCCACAUUCACAGUUUUAUCAGUUGGACAGUACGUAACGUACAUCUAAGUCAUCACUUUGUUGUGCACUCACCAUAUGUGCAACUUUAACUUAAAAGGGGGCAAUCUGAUAGCGGCAACCAAUUUUGCAAGCCACCUCGGCCAUUGUGUUCAGGGACACAGUGACAGGACAGGGGACAUUUUUUGGUCCAUAACCUAGGCCAGUGUUUCCCAACCCAGUCCUCAAGGCACACCUACCAGUCCAGGAUUUAGGGAUUACCCAGUUGUGUCUAAGGUGUUUUUUUUUCUUCUUUGUAAAAACACCUUAGACACAACUGGGUAAUCCCUAAAUCCUGGACUGGUAGGUGUGCCUUGAGGACUGGGUUGGGAAACACUGACCUAGGCAAUAAACAAAAAAUAAAACGGUUUCGUUAGUGGUGUAGUUAUUGUAGGUAAUUCUUGAUCUUUUAGAUUAUUUAAUUUUAAGAGACUCAGCAUAAGACUCUGCAUUUAAUCUAAUAAAUGGGUACAGCGGAUACACAUUUCACAAUUCUUGUGUUUUUUUUUUGUUUUUUUUUAGAGCUGUAUAGAAGAAAUUUGUGAUGUUGCUGUGCCAUCUCUACUUACUGUGGGAUGACGUUUUGGCACUACUGGUACCAUAACAAUUAGAGAAGGCUGUAGUAGUUAUGGUGCUUAGAAUGUUCUGUUAAAAAUAACUUACUAACCGCUAUCACAAAACAAUGAAUUGACUUAUUGAUUGUAAAGUAACAUUUCAUAUCCUGCCAAUAAACCUAUCAAGAUACAGAAAAAAGUUGACCGUUUUGAGCACGUUGAACUCACUUGCAGCUUCCUCCCUCACCAUAUGUAUUAAUUUACAUAGCUAAGAGAAUACAUACACAUUUUAUGGCAAUAUUUCUGCUGUAAAAUAUAAGCGUCUUGCUAUAUUGUCCUGCAUCUGGUUGUUAAUAAAAAAUAUUGUAUUCAACAAAGUUAGGUUUAUUUGACUAUGGCUUUAGAAACAAUUGAAUUGCAUCAUAGGAAAAUAUCUUGUCUAGUCUAUAAAAUGUAUUUAAUACUAACUGACCAUUUUCUUUUUCUUCUUUAAAUAGGUAACGGUGAAAGGCUUUGGCCCUCUUCUUCAAUUUGCAUACACUUCUAGACUUCUUGUCAACAAAGACAAUUUAUCAGACAUCAAAACAUGUGCAAAGAUAUUGGAGAUCCAUGACAUUGAAGAAACUUGUUUCCAAUUUCUCACAUUAAAAUAUUUGGACAACAAGCCUCAAGUAGAACCUCAAGAUUUCCCAAGAAAAAAAUGUUGUAAGUCUUUUUGUCCUAAAGCAAGCCUUCAGCGUCAGCAAGACGAUGGGGCUCGUCCACAAAUUAAUGAAGUAGAAGAACUUUGGAGAGAGGAAUUUCCUGCAAAUCUCAAAUGUGCUACUGAGAUUGAAAAUUUAUCUACAGCUCCACAAAGUCCUAAAAGGCCAUGUGAAACUUUAUGCUUUGGGAAGGAAAAUUCCCCAGGAUUCUCCUCUCUCUGCCCAAAAUACAGGAAGUUUCAGAAAGCUUGUAAAAUUGGUCGGAUUAGAUCUGUAAGCACAUGUUCCAGCAAUCUAGAAGCUCAAAGCCCCAUGUCUGUGAGGUCCUCUGAGUCAUCUGAGAACAUUACUUUGCUGAAAUCUCAGGAAAAUUCAGAUGAUCAGUUAAUCAGUAUAUCUCAAACUCAGCCUUCAGAAAUGGAAAGGAUCGAGGUAAAUACACAUGAUUCUAAUUUAACUUACCACAAUCUUACAUGUGUAGAAGAGAAAACAUGUGCCAAAUUAGUUUUUCCACCUUGUUUUACUUCAGAACCUCGUAAUUUUAAUUCUGUGCCUUUUCCAUGUACAUAUCCACCAUACAGAAAUGUUAACUAUGUUGAUAUGCCUAACAACUCAAAUGCAGAACUUCUACCAGAGAAGACAAACCAAGAACAAGAUGACAAUCGUGUUGUUGAAUACUCAUGCCCAAAGGUGAUACCUGCAUCGGACUUGUGUGUCAAUGAAGAGCGGAUUGUCACCACAGAACGUAGUAAUGUGGAGAGAGAAGUUGCAGAACAUCUUGCAAAGGGCUUUUGGCCAGACCUAUAUGGAAAUGAAUUGGCAAGUCAACCAGAGAUGACGACAAUGCCCACCAAAGAAACAACUAGCGAAUCCAACGUGGAAAAAAGGCCUGAAUGUCCAUGGAUAGGAAUGUCCAUCACUGAAAGCACGGAAAGAACUUUUACAACCCUCAACUCUGUAACCUGCCCAUUCAUCAGUACCUUCUCCAAUGACGAAGGCACCAACAUGACAGAUUUAAGCAGUGGAGAAUGCAUCCAAAGCAAGCAGCAAGUACAGUGCCCAUAUGAAUGUACGAUUAGUCUGGAUGGAGACUCAGAAACCGACAGUGAGGAAGAUAGUGUUGGAUCUAUCUCUGCCAAAGAACUGGAAUGUGAGGUAAAUAUAGUAAUUUCUGAUUUUCUUGUAGAAAAUGAAAAGUACAGUCCACAUCAUCUGAUUUGAAGCACAUGCUCAUAUAUAUUGCAAAGAAUGUUUAUCAGAGUCUCUGCUGCGGUAUGCAGGUAUUUAGGAAAUAAAAAUGUGCAUUUUUAUUAGAAUAGACAAGAUUCCUUAUUGGAAUGCUAAGAAAUUAUUAAUAAUAAUCACGAUAAUAAAAUAAAAAUCCCUCUGUAUGUGGUCUUCUCAGAAAGGUUGCUGCCACAUUUCAAUGUUUGACACAAGAACAGGUUAUGAAACUUUUUGUUUUCAGAAAAACAACAGAACUGUUGUCAUUUCGUUUCAAAAGAUAAGAUAGUUUUGACAGUAGAAAUAAGAAUUGCACAUCUCAUGACCAGCGUGUCUUGAUGUAAUUUUAGAGAGCAUAAAAUUGUGUUAAAACAUGCGUUUAACUUCCUUGGGAUUUUCCGCUGCACUGGUGGCAUGGCAAUAGAGAUUUCUUACUUUCAAGUGAUAUGGUAGCAUCUCAAAAGUUAUACUUCUGUUGCACACAUGUACACACUAGGAAGGGUCAGAUACCUAAUAUGUUAUUUGGGGGUGUAGCAGCUUUGCCUGCUGGUGGAGGUUACAAACAUAAAGUCGUCAUGUAAUUUAAACUCAGGAGUGUGAAAAUUUUAAAAAAUUUAAAUCUACUUGCCCAAGGGACUAAAGGAGUAGCCAGACCCAUAAAUUUAUUUCAGUUAGAAAGUUUGGGUCCACUGGAACCUAGAUUCCUGCGCAUAAUGUCUCACCCUCAACCCCAUAGUCUCUUUUUUCAUCCUCCAUAGUGUGAUAUGUGUGCUGACUGUGUGUAGAAUAUGUGUGUGUGUGUGUGAGCACUGGCUGUAAUUGGUAUGUGUAUGUACAUGCUGGCUUUGUGUAAUAUGUUUUGGUUUGUGCUGGCUGUUUGUGUGUGUGUAAUGUGUGAGUUUGCUGACUGUGUACCGUCCAUUGGUCGGGUGAUAUGAGUUCCAAAUCACUCUGCAUUUUCUGGUGAUUUUAUCUAAUAGGUGUAUGCACUACAUGUAUACCUACCUCAAUGAAGAGUUAAUAUCCACAUGAUUUAUAACCACUGCCAUAUCAGUAUGUAACAAAUACUGGUCCCAAACGCAAAUUAUGUAACCAUAAGGGACUUUACAAGACCACAGUUUUCCUUUAAGUACACCUUUCCUUGUGUGGCAGUUUUUGUCCUUAUUGUGUUACCUUAAUCUCAUGUAAGGUUUUUAUAUUUAUGUAUAGAUAAAGUUCACAUGCACAGUGAUUUUGCAGUUCAUUUUGCAAAUUGCUGUAUUAAUAAACCGUUGCAGUGUUCCCUUGUUAACAAAUACAGCACAUAUGCACUGACUACUUCAUGUCAGGCUUUAAAUUCAGCUCCUGUAUUUGUAAUUUUUAAAUUGAUGCAAAUGCACUAUAUCAAAUCGAAUACAAGUAAUUAUGGGAAUAUGAACCACAGGUAUAGACCAUGCAUGUGUACACUGAAAGACAGCAGAAGGAUGGAUAGGUAAUUUGCAUAGUUUGCUAAGUAUCUGGGGGGACCUCCCCCCUGCUUAAAUAUAAUUUUUCAACAGUUAACAUUAAAAAGAGAAAAAUAUUACUUUUUCAAAACUUUAUCGUACUAGGGAAUACAUAGCUUAAUUUAACAUAUUUUAUAUGUGAAAAUAUAAAAUUUUGGGGCCAUCUGACCUCUGGUAUGUUUUGACUUUUACCUUAACCCCUUAAGGACCAAACUUCUGGAAUAAAAGGGAAUCAUGACAUGUCACACAUGUCAUGUGUCCUUAAGGGGUUAAAUGGUUACUCCAAACAAAAACUUUUGUUCCGAGCUGGGUAAUGAUGUCCCGAUGACGUAGACUGGAGGAGGAAUUACACUUCUGGCAGCAGAGGGGUUAAACACUGUAUGUGCAAACAUGGCACAUAAAGAAUCAGGGCACCAUUACCAGUUUAAAUCAUUGAAGUAGUCGUGGUGUUUGGAGUAACUCUUUAAUGUAGAAAACAUUUUUUUAUUUUAUAUCAGUCCAUUUUUGAUGUUUUUAUUUUUUUUCAAAAAUACCGUUUUGUGUUUCAGAAACUGCCAGUGAACUCGAAAAAAAUAAUAUCACUUUCCCGUUACGACUUCCAAUCGCUGGUGAAAACGCAUAACCUCACGCCAGAACAGCUAGACUGCAUUCACGACAUUCGUCGGCGCAGUAAAAACAGGAUUGCCGCUCAGCGCUGUCGCAAGAGAAAACUGGACUGCAUUCAAAAUCUGGAAACCGAGAUUAGAAAGCUGGUAUGCUGUGUGCAAUUCCAUGGCUCGAUUUCUGUUUUGCUUACAUCUCUUGUUCUUGUGUGUAUCACCUUCUUAGCUUAAGACGAUGAAUAGAGGGCAUGCAUAAGUUAACACUUUUUUUAACCUUUUAUAAACACAAGGCAGCAAUGCUAGGUGAACCGAAAGGGUUACAUUUGAGCUGUUAUCAAAAGACACAACUGUAGUUUUACUUUUAUUUUUGAUAUGUCAAAAGCAAUCCAGAUUUUCAAACAAACACAGAUUAAUAAUAAGACCCUUUAAAAUCCUGGUUGGUUGUCUUGUAACUUUUUCCCUUGUGGGAUUAAAAGAGAGAUUUAAAUCUGCUGUUCUAGCCUGCGGUCACAGGAGAAGCUUUAGUGCUUUGCUGCUCUUACUUAAUGGAAUUUUACACCCUUGUUUAGACAUAAUUACUUUUUAAAGCAAAUAAUGAGGUUUUUUUUGGGGUUUUUUGGGAGGGGGGGGGGGUUUGUGGGGUGUGUAGUGGUUGCAGUUGCUAGUUACUCACGGUAUGAGCAGUAGUGCUCAGUUAUCUAUUUUGGAAUGGUUUUGCAUGUAAAAUAAUAUUUGCAAUUUCAAUAGCUUUACAAGUUGUAGGUUAUUGAAUAGGUAUCACCACUGCGAGUGUUGGUUUUGUCCAAACAUGGCUGCUGAGUUGUUACAUCUCCUAGAAUUCUCCACCAAACAUUUGUAUCCAUUGCACUUUCUUUGAUAUAGCCAGUUUUAAUGAGUGUGAAUCAGCAAGGAAGAAGAUCCUUGUUAAUAUUUAUACAGUUUCUGUAAGAUACUGCUAAACUUUAAGCUGUUUAAAGCAUGUUUAGCUUGUGGACGUUAAUACCACCUUUAAUCCAGAACCAUCCCGAUCUCACUGCUGCAGCUGCUCUGCCUGCUAUCAUUGCAAUCAUUGAUCUCAUGCCAGUCCAAUCUUCUCUAUGAGAAAGAUUUGCAGUGUUCGGCCAUGCCAGUUUGGCCGUUGCAGAGUUCCGCCUGUUAGAUGUUUCUCAGAGUGAAGAACAGAAUCCAAUGUUUCUCUAUGAGAGGCAUUUGCAAUGUUUAGCAGUGUCGAAUGUGAAGACUUCCAGUUAUUGAAAUUCUUUACAAAGAUGUGGCUAUUAGGGAUCGACCAAUUAUCGAUCGGACUGAUAUUAUCGGCCGAUAUUCUGUAUUUUCGGCAAUAUUGGUAUCGGCCUAUAAAGAUACCGAUAUUGCCGAUAAUACAUACCAGGACUGCCGAACCCAUUACAAGCCCGUCGGUCCUGGAGGGCCCGCAGCAAGCUCUUACUUACCGUCUCAGCAGCUCCCUUCAGCUCCCCUUGUAAAUCUUGUGAGUCCUGCGGCCGACAGGCCGCGAGAGUUAGACAGGGGAGAUAAAGGGAGCUGCUGAGAAGGUAAGUAAGAAUUUGCUGGGACCCCUCUGCACAGUCCAUGCCACAGGACCACCAGGGAAUGCUAUAUCCCCUCUCCCUGGCCAGGUAACAAGCAGGGAGUGGGGACUUUUUUUUUUUUUUUUUUUAAAUCUAAUAUUUAAAAAUAAAAAAUGCCUCCCCCUCCUCCCCCAUUUUACACAAAUUACACACCUACAGAAAAACACACACUCUAUAUUAUACACACACACUCUGCAUUCAUAUACGCACACUACACAAACACACACACUCUGCAUUCAUUAUAUACACACACUACACAAACACACACACACACAAAUACACACUGCAUCCACUACACACACACCACACAAACACACACAGCUUCCCUGUCUAAACACACUGCAUCCACUACACGUGGCAUGUAUAUUUUGUGCAUUUACCUUUAGAAAUAGUUUAUUUUUUCAAAAUGGUAAAUGUACAGAAUAUCGGUAGGUUAUCGUCUUAUCGGCCUGAAAGUUCACAGAUUAUCGGUAUCGGCUCUAAAAAAUCAAUAUCGGUUGAUCCCUAGUGGCUAUAGUGGCUGUCUAAUUGACACACUAGUGCUUCCUUAGUGACAAAGAUAAUCAGAGCUGUUUCUCACUAAUGGCAAUGCUCAUAUUUGUCAGACUGCAGGGACCAGGUCUUUAUACUUUAUAUAGGCAAUAUCCUCAAAUGCAGACAUUCUUUUUGCAUUCUGUUGCUAUUUUCAGAAUGUUGUAUUGCAAGUAAUGCCUAACAAGUUAUUGCAUGGUGCUUGACCAUUUUUAUUUAUAUAUUUUAUCACACCUACUGUACGUGAGGAAACUUACAUUUUUGCUUUUAUACUUGCAUUCCAGUCUCUGUGUGAAAUAGUGCAAGAUAAAGGACACUGUAUACUGUAUAAAUCUUGUGUCCCAAAAGUUUUUAUAAUGGGCGAACGAAUAUGUAAAAAAAAAAAAUUAACAAUUGUGUAAAUUUACAUAAUUUUAUUUUUUACGUUUGUCUGCAAAGCAAUCUAUGCACAAAAUUGCAGUAUUAUGAUUUUGUUUAUAUGCUAGCUAUGCAUCCCUUGCUUCAAUAAAUGUUAUGUUGAUAUGUUUUUUUUUUUUUUAAUCAGAAAGUGCUCGGUAAUGAAGGGGUUAAAGGAACACUCCAAACAUGGAACUGAAGUGCUUUAAGGGUGACGAGCAUAACUCCACUCUAUUGUUUAAUAAAAGUUAUGAUUUCUAGUGAAAUCACCACUUUUAUAAAUCAGCACCAAAGUUUUCAGGCUGAAAUAGUCAAGUAGUAAUACUUAUUUUUUUAUUUUUUUAUUAAAAAAGUGUUCGGUAAUGAAGGGGUUAAUAUUUGCUUGUGGGUGUAGCACGUUGAUCGGAUAUUAACAUUUAUGAGUGAUAUAUAUAUAUAUAUAUACACAAAAAAAAAUGUGUUUGCUUUAAUUACAGCUGUGACAUUUAGUUAUUUGACAUUUUAUACUGCAAUAUGUUUGGUACUUUUUAAGAAUGCGUUUCUUUUUCUUCUUCCAUCUAGAUUGUGCUCCCAUGAUGAGCAUUAUUCACACCCCCACAUGUAACUAUUUCAGUACUAUAGUUUCUGGCAAAGCGUCUAUUGCCUCUGUGACUCAGUUGGUAAAGACUCCAUAUAACCGUUUAGGAAUUCCAUUCACACCAGAAGGCAUUGUGUUUACAGUUUUGUUUCAUAUUGAAUAAACAAAGACCUGAAUUCUGCUGCAAUUCUUUACUCAGAAAGUUCCACCCAGCAGAGCUUAGAGCUACUACGUAAAUAAAAAAUGGCAUCAGAUUAGUAUGAUGGACACUAGGUAAUGUUCCAAUCAUCCUUUGAGAACUGAUGACUUCAGAAAUGGGGAGGUUGCGUUUCAAUUGUUUGAUAAAAUAUGGCUGUAUACGCAAAUAAGAAAUGAAAAAAAUUAUUAUGGUGCUGCCAUAAACCCCAUCAGCAUUAUACACUUGCUGAACUGCUCCCGGAAUCAAGCAAGUACUUGGUAGUAAAUACAGUGAGUCAUGCAAAGUCACUGCAGACUGUUAUCUUGGAUUUAAACAUUGACUGGCCUGUUCUGUCAAAGUUAUCUGGUAUGUUAGGUUGCCUUGUUUCUCCCUAGUAAUGACACAGAUGUAGAUCUAUGUAUUCAUUAACCCGUAGAUGUAUUUACUCUUCCUUUUACGUUUAUUAUGUAGCACCUUUAUCAGUGCUUGUAUUUUACAGAUUACAUAAUCUGCAGUACUCAUUGCUGACAUUCAACAUUAGCAUGAGUUGGAUUCAGACUUGAUUAUAUGUCAGCAGUGUAAAGACAGACCAGUAGAUGUUGGGGCAAUGGGUGUAAUGAUGUGGAGGAGGAAAUGGAAGGGGUGAAGUACUGAGGCUAGAUGAGUUGGACAGAGUGGACUUGGUUGAAACAAGGAGUGCUGUAGAAUACGAUUAGAUACUUUGAGUGUGGGUGUCAUUUCAGAAACUUGCAGAAAAUUAAGUCACAAGGCGGAAUAUAAUUUAUGAAAUACAUUGUUUUGGGUAAGGUCUGUAGAGGCAAUAGUGUGAAGAGUAUAAUAGAAUAUCUGGUGGUAUGGAGGUGCAUGGUUACGUAAGGAUGUAAAUAAUAAGGUAUUUGAAAGUAGUGCUGGUAGACCAGAGCGCUGUUGGCUUUACUACAGGGUUACAUGAGCCAGACCAGUAUGUUGAGGAUGGGAUGGACAGCAACCCUUUUUUUUCUGGGGGAAAAAAAUAUUCUGAAUUAAAAUAUCUGAGUACUGAGGAAGCAGUUGCACUAGUCCAGCUUGGUAAGGAUAAGGCAGUUGAUAAAGACUUUUGCUGUGGAGAAUGUGAUAGGUGAUGGGCUUUUCUAGGAUAUCAAAACAGCAGGUGGAGAAAAAGGUCGGUAAUUGUUUACCAGAAAAAAAAAAGUGAAUGAAAGUAGACAUUGCAGCUAAGUUGCAAACUGAGGGUCGAUAAUAGGAUAAAAUGAACUGUUUAGGAUUACAAGGAAUGGAAUCUAUUUCAUACAUGCCAGAAAACAUUAAUUUUGGCUGUUUUCAUUUGUCUGAGUUGGGCAUGAAGUAUGGCAAACAAUAGGUGGUUUCUGUGUCAUUUGUGAAGGAGUAUUUUGGCCAUGAGAAGAGAUCAAGUCCAUCAGGAGUGCAGGAUAGAAGUGAAGGGGAACAAGGACCAUGUAUUGUGGUAUAUUCUGUGGAAUAGGGGGACAGAUGAGUAAUUAAGACACUAUCCUUGGAUGAUAAAUGAUUGAUACCAGGAAUAAAAUGUACAAUGAUUAAGUGUAUCGAAGAUGAGGACUGAGAUUAAACAAGCAGCGAACUGGCCAGUACAGAAGCCAGAAUGUAUUAUUGGAAAAUAAAGGUGGAGAGGAGGAAGGUAGAUAGUGUGUACGUCCCACUCAGGAAGUGUGGCUAAACCGCAUUACCUGAAUAGUAACACUAUUUUGCCAAGCAGCACUUUAAUAUUAUGAUGGAAUUAGUCAGUUUCACUAGACAAAAACAGUGUGACCUUCAGUCCGGUAGGCGUGUGUUUCCGAUCAAGGGUCAGCUCCAAAUUGUAGUGAGUUAAAAUUCCCAGAUUUUACUAUUAACAUGACGUAAAGUCAUGAUUUUAUUAAAGACACGGAGGCGAGUAUUAUGCAUAACUCUUUCUUUAUUUCCUCAGCAGCAAAGAUAGAGGAAUAUAAAUAUAUCAAAAAUGAAAGAAAAAACUGCAUAGAUACACAGGCAACCAAUCACAUAACAGAGGAAGUGACUAUAUAAAGCCUGUGUCUCCCACAAUCCCCCUCUUUCUUGCGAAAACCGAAGACCAGGUAAGUAAAACGAUAUCUUGCUUGGCCAAAACCGGGAACUGGAACAAUCCGACAAUUUCAAGCUAAAAAAGAGAGAGAAAUAUGGUAAUAACCAAACUCCAAACUGUGGACUUACCAAUACAAAACUAACGACCAUUCAUAUGGUUAAAGGAAUGAAAUCUGAAAAAUAUAAUAGACAUAAUUAAUCAGUAUAUGCAAUACAACACAUGAAGUACUCACAAGGCAGGCCAAAUCUCAACAUACCUGAGUACCAAUCGCAUCUCGCUCCAUACCCCACACCGGGAGGGUGGGAGGGAAUAAUACUCGCCUCCGUGUCUUUAAUAAAAUCAUGACUUUACGUCAUGUUAAUAGUAAAAUCUGGGAAUUUUAUUAAAGACACGGAGGCUCAUAUUAUGCAAGUUCAAAGCUGUGCUAUCACCUGAGAUGCGAUGUGCUCAAUAGGUCUGAAGUAGAAGUCACGGAAGGUCGACUCUCGAGACCAAUCCGCUGCACGCAUGAUGUCCUCCAGACGACAGACUGUCGAAGCCUUGGAAGCCAUAGCACCCCUCACCGAAUGGGGUGUAAAGAUAGACGUGUCUAUACCAGCCGCAGACAAAAGCCAACGCACCCAACGCGCCAGGGUCGGUGUCGACACAGGUCGAUGCGGUGUACGAAAAGAAAUGAACAAAGGUCGUAGAUCUGGUGAGCGAAGAGGCCGGGUCACCUCCAUAUAGACCUUCAAACACUCCACUGGACAGAGUGCCGGACAUCUUUGGAAUCUAGGGUACACGAAAGACCUUGACGCAGAUUUAGUCCGUCUGGAAAUGUUAAAAGUCACACCCUCAGGGGAGAAGGUAACGGUGUCCCAAUCAAGGGCCCUAACGUCAGAAACCCUCUUACAUGAAACCAAACAAAGCAACAUAACCAACUUGGAAGACAGUUGCUUAAGGGUCAGCCCCUGGUUCGGGUACCAGGAAGACAGAAACUGAAGCAUAAUGUUAACGUCCCAAAAGGCAGAGAAACGAGCCUUGGGCGGACGGGCGAGGCGAAUGCCCUUGAGCAGGCGACACACGAAGGGGUGUCUGCCCACGGGCGAACCAUCCAAACCAACAUGACCAGCUGAUAUAGCGGAACGAAAAAGGUUGAUAGUUCGAUACGCCUUGCCCGAAUCAAACAGAAAAGUGAGGUACUCCAAAAUCAGAUGGAGAGGGGCAGAUACGGGAUCCACUGCCCGUUCCAUGCACCAACCAGACCAUGAGCCCCAUGAAGAGCGGUAGGCCGAUCGCGUACCUGGAGCCCAGGCGUUAUCGAGGAGUUGUAGAGUCGUCCGCGAAACGUUCGGGACAACCCAGGUACCCCUGAAAGGAGCCACGCCAUCAGAGGUAGCUGGUGUCGGAGCACCAGUCCGUGCGAGUUCCCAUCCGGAUCCAGGAGGAGAUCCUGGAAGCUCGGAAUCAGUCUGGGGUAGUCUAUCGACAACUCCAUCAAGCGUGGGAACCAUGGACGGGACCUCCAAAGAGGUGUGAUCAGUACCAGGCAGCAAUCGUGCCGGAUCAACUUCGAUAUCGUGCGAGCGAUCAUGUUGAACGGUGGGAAGGCAUACAGGCGUCCCGGAGGCCAGUCUUGGAGAAAGGCGUCCGUCGCUACUGCUGCCGGGUCUGGCCUCCAGCUGUAAAACGCAGGGAGUUGAGUGUUCAGACGUGAAGCGAACAGGUCCAACUCGAAGCGUCCCCAGAGACUGUCCAGACCUCGGAAAACCGAAACGUGCAAGUGCCAAUCUCCCGAGUCUCUUAAGUGCCUGGAAUUCCAAUCCGCUCCCGAAUUGUCCAGGCCUGGGAUGUGUUCCGCCUGCACCGAGACGUUGUUGAGGAGACAAAAUUGCCAGAAAUCCUUCGCCAAUAGCGCCAACAUUCUGGACUUGGUGCCCCCAAGAUGAUUUAUGUACCGGACUGCCGACACAUUGUCCAUCUUGAGGAGCACGCAACAGUCUGCCCGGCCUGGGGUCAGACUGCGUAUCGCGAAGGCCCCCGCCAGCAGUUCCAGACAAUUGAUGUGUAGGGACCUCUCUAUGUCGGACCAUCUGCCUCCGGUGGAAACGUCUCCACAACGAGCACCCCAGCCGUGUAAGCUGGCAUCGGAUUCUAUUACUACAUCCGGGAUCGAGCCGAAGAUGGCCCGUCCGUUCCAGGCCUCCAUGUGUGCCAACCACCAUACCAACUCGUCUCUGGACUCGUCGUCCAGCCGUAUUCGGGACUCGUAGGAGUGGCCCGAACGCAGGUGUGAACCCUUGAGUCGUUGGAGGGCACGAUAGUGUAGCGGGCCCGGAAAGAUCGCCUGAAUCGAAGCCGCCAGAAGGCCGAUAAUCCUUGCCAGUUGCCUGACGGACAUAUCCGGCACCCGAAGAGCCCUUCGGAGCUCCUUCUGAAUGGCCUUCAUCUUGGACUCCGGCAAGUACAGGAAUUGCCUGAUGGAGUCCACUUGGAAACCCAAGAAUUCUAUAGACUGGGUAGGGAUCAUGACCGACUUGUCCCAGUUGAUCAGAAAACCCAAAUUUGGAGAAGGUUGGUUGUCCAACCCAAAUGUAACAGCAGAGAUUCCCUGGAUUGGGACAUGAUCAAUAUGUCGUCCAGGUAAACGAUCAGUCGCACCCCACGGGUACGAAGGUAAGCCAUUACUGGCUUCAUGAGUUUGGUGAAACACCAAGGGGCCGACGAGAGACCGAACGGCAGGCACGUGAAGCGCCAGCGUCGACCGUGCCACGUGAAGUGGAGGUAAUCCCUGCAGUCCAGCGCGAUGGGGACUGUAAAGUAUGCGUCCUUCAGAUCCAACUUGGCCAACCAAUCUGAUUGCCGAAGGAGGUCUCUGAGGCAGUGUAUACCCUCCAUCUGGAAAUGUUGGUAGUGGAGAAAUGCGUUGAGGGGACGAAGAUUUAUCACGGGACGAACCCCGCCCCCUUUCUUUGGCACCAGAAAAAGAUUGCUCGUGAAGCCCGGAGAGGCCAACGGCAUCUCUUCUAUGGCACCUUUCGUGAGCAUCUCCUCUACCUCCUUGGAAAUCAUGACGUCCUGAUCCUGUGGGAGGGACAACUCUCUGGGGACGCGAACCUGGACAGGCAUAGAAACGAACUCCAGGUGAUAACCCUUUACACAUUGCAGAACCCAAGCAUCUGAGGUUAUAUUUGUCCACCCAUGGUAGAAUAAGGCAAGCCUCCCUGCCACCCGUACAUGAUCGAGAGGGGAAAAAUGGGUACUCACCAUAAGGGCGUCUGCCCGAAGCGGCACCACGGGGAUACCUGGAGCCCCAGGAUCUCCCUCUGGCUGGGAAGAAAGGAGGCGACCUCGUAUCUUGAAAUCCUCGGGAAGGAAAGAAGGAACCUCUGGAGGCCCUGAACGAGCCACGGAAGCCCCGGCCGGGUGGACGGUUCCUGCUACGCCCGGCCCCUCCGAAAACCUUGGGCGCAAACAUGCGCUUCAUAUUCGCCUGGGCCUUGUCAAUGGCCGUAAAGGUCUUUACAUAGGAACCAAGGUCCUUCACGAAAGAGGUUCCAAACAGUAAACCCUCGUCAGAGGGGUCAGGUUCCGCCACCGUCAUGGCAGCCAAUUUGGGAUCGAUUUUAAGGAGAAUCGCCUUACGCCUCUCAGAAGACAUGGCGGUAUUUGCAUUCCCCAAGAGGCAGAUCGCCCUCUGGACCCAUCCAAUGGCCACAUCGACAUCCAUAACCGAGUCUCCAGCCCUAGCGGCAUCUAGCAGCUCGUACAGCUUAGACAGAGGGCCCAGGGUAUCCAAUAUCUUAUCUUGGCAUCCCUUGAGGGAGUAAUCCAAACCCUUCUUGGGCUUCCAGCCUGAUUUAUUCAGAAACUGGGCGAUUUGGGGGUCAAUAUCCGGAGUCUUACAGGCCGAGCCCGGGAGAGAGGGCCUAGGGCAUUCGGCACGCAACUUGUUGCGACCCUCCUUGGAGAGGGGUGUGCGCAGGCGUUUAGCCACAUAUUGCGCAAUAUGGUCCGGGGGGACCCACUCUGCUGACCGUGGGUGACGCAGGUCGUCAGGGUCGAACAGUGGGUUUCCCUGGGGGUCUAAAAUGGCCUUACUGUCCCCAGGGGGGAUCUUAACUUGGCCUAGGGCAACGGCAGAGGACCCAGAGGGGGCAAGCUCCGCGGAGGGCAAUUCCUCGUCCGACCCGCCCUCAUCGUAGGAGUCAUACUCCAUAAUAUCAGAGUCACGUUCCACACUCCGGUCGGUAUCCGACUCAUCAUCUAGGGCUCUAGCCCUUUUCCACAAUCUAGCCUUUUUAGCCCGGCCAGGGGCUCUUUUGCGCGUGGGGUGCGCGCUGUCUGUGACCACAUCCAGUGUGUCAGUCAUGGCAGGUAGCACCUGCAUCGAGGAGUGGGAAUCAACGUGCUUAGACUUCGCCUUCACCUUACGGGUACCAGGCACAGUCUGGGCGGAGGAAGGGGACCCAGUACCCUGGAGGGUAGGGGUAGGCAGUGAGGGCAUAAGCAUGGAAUGCAGGGACUGAGAAAAGGAGGAAGAAACAGCACCCAUGGCUGAAGCAAAAGCCUUUUGUAAUGAAGAAGCCAUAGUGGCAUCCAACAGGGCCUGAAAUUCUUGGGAGGCCAUGGCACCCUCAGGGUUAUCAAUAUUAAAAUCACUAGGGGUGCCAACAGGCCCAUCCUCCUUAUCCUGCAUGGUGAAACCACAGGGGAAUACACCUUUAAGUGAAUCAAGUUAAAACUGUAGUAAUAUGACUUUAAGAAAUCGAAAUAUAUAGAUAAGCAAAAACGGAAGGUAGCUAGAAUAAACUAAACUAGAUGGUAAAAGGGUUGAGUAACCCACAGAGGAACACAGUAAGAAAAACCUGCCCGCUGGUGCACUCAGGGGACCCAGACCGGGGAGACAGGCCGCACGGCAGCAGCAGAGUGAGCGACCGAUCAGCCGACGGACCGCCCAAAAUGGCCGCCGCACGUGCAGGAGAUUGAUCGCGGUCAGGACCCCGGCGGGGGAAGGGGCGCGCGCACCCUACCCGCGCGGGCAGCCCGCGAUCAAGGGAAACAGAGCACAGCCGCGGCAGUAUCAGAGAGAGCCGCGGCUGAAAGCCGACCUGGGACUGAAUAGCACCCGCCGGCCGACAGAGCGGUCGCGGCGGGCGGGGUGAGGGGAGGGAGGCACCAGCGCAGGGGACAGGAUAGGAGCUGCACCAAGCAGGCAGCUGACAGAAGAAAAACAGAGUAGGAUAUCACACACUCAAAAGAAGUGAGAAUAAGCACAGUGCAAAAAUAUCACAUAACCAUAAUAAAAGUACAACAUCAGUACAGCAUAACACCAAGUAAAUGCAAAGUACACCAAAUAAAAUACAGUGGAUCAAGCAAGGUACUUAGCUGUCUGAGGAAGCAGCAAAGAAAGAGGGGGAUUGUGGGAGACACAGGCUUUAUAUAGUCACUUCCUCUGUUAUGUGAUUGGUUGCCUGUGUAUCUAUGCAGUUUUUUCUUUCAUUUUUGAUAUAUUUAUAUUCCUCUAUCUUUGCUGCUGAGGAAAUAAAGAAAGAGUUAUGCAUAAUAUGAGCCUCCGUGUCUUUAAUAAAAUCAGACAUUUAAUGCUAAAUUAGCUGAUCUUGGAAAAAUGUCCAGUUAGAGUCACAGACUGGAUGUGCUACACUUUUCAAGACUGCCCAUUUUAACCUAAAUUUUUCAGAAUUCCAUUUCAAACAAUUCAGAAUUGAGAGAAUUGUUUCCUUACUUUGCUACAUGUUUAACUUUGAAAUAAAAAAAUAACAAAAAACUGUUUUAAAGAAGUGUUUUAAAAAUAAAUACAUUUAAAAAAAAAAAAGAAUACCCAAAUAAAAUGUAGCAGAUCUGUUGCUUCACUUAUCAGAAGGUUGAGGAUACAGACAAUCCAGACAAUUAAAGGAUUACAGAUGUAAGUUAUAUGAAAGCAAAUCAGCAAGCAAUUAGCCAAAUCAGACUUGAUGAACUGGAUUCUUUGCUAAUCGUAUGUAUGUUUUGCGUUUUUCAUCCUCAGUUUUAUAUUUUAUUUUGUUUCAUUGCUGCCGUUUGUUUCUUUCUAGCAAAAUGAAAAGCAACACUUACUGAAAGAGAGAGACCAAAUAUUGUCUACACUAGGAGAGACCAAGCAAAAUCUGUCUGGACUCUGCCAGCAAGUUUGUCUGGAGGCUGCCCUGAGUCGUGACCAAAUACAAAUCCUGGCAAAGUAUUCCAGCUCAGAAUGCCCACUUACCUUCCUAAUGCCGGAGAAAGACAAAAUGCAUCUGCAAUGCGAAUCUGUGUUGCAAACCUGCACUGAAUUUGGCAACGGCUUACCUAGUCAAGGACCGGUCUGCCGCUCAGAAGACAUCGUGGAGAGAAAGAUAUUGCAAAACAUGGGUCCAGUACGAAGCUUAACCUCUGAAACCGCUUUGUUAGUGAAAAGCAGUUGUCAAAGCGGGAUAAUUGAUUUUUGUCAACAAAUGACUGACAAGUGCACUACUGAUGAGUUACAAUAACUAUGUUACCAUGGAAGGUAGCGAUCACCAUAUUGUCCAAACAGAAGCAAUACUUUCAUUUUCUACCUUUUUUCUACAUACAGGAGAUACUUAAAAUGUUUUCUUAGAAAAACCUGAACACCAAGUAAAGGAAAAGUAAAAAAAAAAAAAAAUCAAAACCAUUUCUUUUCAAAAUAUAACAUUUAUUCAAAAUAGCACCGACCAUCUGCGAGUAUUCUGGAACUUAAGUGGACAUUGAUUUUUCCUCUUAUCUGAUUGUAAGGUACAACAAAAUUUACAAGCAUGCUAUAAAUAAUGCAUUGUUUAACCUUAUGCAAAAAUAAUGUCGGUAAAUGAUGUUGUGUUAAGGCCCUUGUAGAAAGCACUCCUUUUAACUGGACUCGAUAUUGUGGUUUAUACAAAACUCUGCACAGGAUGCAAGCCUUGAUCUAGUUUGAUAUCUCAUUACAAUCAACAAUCCUCUGUUUUUCUAGAACAAAGCAUGAUUAGACUAUUAUAAAGCAGCCAAGGCAGAGGACUGGGACAUGGCACUAUUAAAGGGACACUCCAAAGUCCAAAUAAAAAAAACAAAAAAACAAACAAACACAAAAUCACUGUUUAGUAGAUAUCCCCCAAUGAAAACAGACAUACAUUUAAUUAUGCAUUUUUUUCAUGGGGGUAUAAUUAAAAACAGCUUGCAAAAGCUGCAGCUAUCAUGUCUGUAUCCUUUGUAAGCCUUCCCUUGUAACCCCACCCAGACAUUCUGUAGCUGUCCAAUCACAGACUUUCCAAUGCAGCUCAAUGAGAAGUAUUUGCAAGGCAGGUGCUCUGAGCAAUUGCUGCAUCUAGAGUUUAGCUCCCCUGAGCUAAGUAACCAGGAAGUUACAGAACCAUCUUUCUAAAUGACAGCUGGAGGGUGGUGUAACAAGGUUAAUUUAUAUAAGUGUCAGUUGAAAUGUGCACCUUUUGAUAAAAUAAAGAGGAAAACAAACAGACUCUUCACACACAUAGCACUCCAGCAAACAAAAGUGCUUUAGGGCUCUGAAGUGUCCUUUAAUUAAUGGGUGAGAUGUAUAAAGGUUUUAAUGACACUAGAGUAUUUAUCAUAGCUACCUAAACCCAUUUUUAUUUUGUAGUUGCUGAUCAAGCUUAACCAAUAUGUUUUUUUUUUUUUUUAAAUACACACAAAAAAAUUGAGAUUCCCACAAAAUGUAUUUUUAAAGGAAAAACGAACAAAAAAAACCCCCUUUAUCACAAAGUUUUAUGUUGCAGUUCUUUUUCAAUCUUUUUAUGAUAUUGUAGAACUACGUACACUCGACAAGAAAUUAUAUGGUACAGAAUUGCAUGAAUUAUAGUUGGUACAAAGUGUAUACACACAAUAAAAAUUACAAGAACAGGUUAAAAGGUUUGUAAAGACUUAGUUAUCAUCCAGAUUACAGUGCUCUCCUUUCAGGGUGAGUUCUUAAUCCUUAUUAUCUCACAGCCACCAAAAGCGCAGGACAGAACUUCUAUAAAGUGUUAUGCGAAGUUUGUACCACUCUACUCCUUCUGCAUGUAGAUUAUUCUUGUGAGACCAGUUUAAUAUUGAAUAUUGAUUGUCUGUCCCAUCCAUAGUCUAACACUGUAAAAUAUGAAUAAGUGUGUAUCCUUCAAUUGUGAAACCUAUGUACAUAAUCUUAAUGUUUCUCAGUCUAAUCUCUUCUCUCUCAGUGAGAUAUGUCUAACCUCAAUUCAGCUCUUUGAAUAACUACAAAUGUGGCUUUUGCAUGCUGCUACUCACUGCAUUCCAACACUAUAGGCUUAUUCUUGUUAAUGUAUUGCUGCUUUAGUAGGAUCCAGCCCUUCAGCUCUAUUGCCCACUCGUGACGAGCACUGGCCUGGGCUGUCAUUCAAACCGAAUUAACGUAAUUUAUUCUGGCUUUUUUUAGUAUCUGUGCGGCUGUGUUGGCCAGCAAUGCCUAACUGUGGGCAGUGUAGUUGUUCGAAAAGUACAUUUGCCUUGGUGCUCAGUCAACCUUUUUUGAGAACUCUUUAAAUGACCGUACAGAUGAGUAGAAUACAAUACAAAUAUAUUAGUUUCAUCUCUAUUUUAAUCCUCUAACGGAUACAUCCCCCUUGGGUACAUUGCAAAGUUACAGUUAAUCACCAUAGUUAUUAAAUAUAUAGCUAGAUAUUGUAAUAUUAUGCUACCUAUAUGCAGAAACUGUGACUAAUAUAGCAUUAUCUGUGUUUAACCACUUACCUUCGCAUGCUCUUUUUGCUUGCAACAGCUGAUCUUUAUUGCAUGAUAAAAAAACCUCUACU